AGGGAAAAUCAAACAGGUGAAUGCUUUUUGAUGAUGGACAGGCCUAACCUUCCAGAACCAUUUCUUGAUCCAAACUCCACUUGACAAUAUUCAUAUCGAAUUAUUGGUUUUUGGUGGAGAGACUCAAUAAUAAUUGGGCAAGAUCGAAGUCUACGUCUUACUGCAAAAUAAUUGCUCAAAUAUGACCCAAGUAUUCCAAUCUCCACCUCAUUUCCCUUCAGUUUCAAGCUCUUCCAGUCCAUGUGGGCGACUCAACCCGAACGAUGGUUCGCAACCAAGUGCCCUUAUUAACAGUUCCGCGGCUGGGGAAGACGUCGAGGACCAUUUCGGUGCAGAGGAGGCGCAAGAAGACGAUGAUAGAAUGCCAGACAGGACAAGAAAAGAAAGACACAGAGAGGGAGAUCAGCUGUCUAUCUUGACACUUUUAAUUGCUGUUUUUAGGAAAUCUUUGAUUGGUUGCAGUUCCAGUGCGAGAAGUGAAAUCUCUUCAACGGAGAUUGGGUGGCCUUCCAAUGUCAGGCACGUUGCGCAUGUCACGUUCGACCGCUUUGAUGGGUUUCUUGGAUUACCCGUCGAAUUCGAACCUGAAGUCCCCAAGAGGGCUCCCAGCGCCAGUGCAAAUGUUUUUGGGGUUUCAACAGAAUCUAUGCAGCUUUCCUUUGAUGCUCGGGGGAAUAGCGUGCCUACAAUACUCCUGUUAAUGCAAAGACAUUUGUAUGCACAAGGAGGCCUGCAGGCUGAAGGAAUCUUCAGAAUUACUGCUGGGAAUAGUCAAGAAGAGUAUGUAAGGGAACAAUUAAAUAGAGGAGUAGUACCUGGUGGCGUUGAUGUGCACUGCUUGGCAGGUCUUAUAAAGGCCUGGUUCAGAGAACUUCCAACUGGAGUUUUGGACCCUGUUUCACCCGAGCAGGUGAUGCAAUCCCAGUCAGAAGAGGAAUGUGCCCACCUUGUUAGGUUGCUUCCUCCAACGGAGGCUGCUCUACUAGAUUGGGCAAUAAACUUAAUGGCUGAUGUUGCUCAACUAGAAAACUUGAACAAGAUGGAUGCGCGUAAUGUUGCAAUGGUAUUUGCACCAAAUAUGACUCAAUUGGCAGAUCCUUUGAUUGCCUUGAUGUACGUAGUACAGGUGAUGAAUUUUCUCAAGACUCUUAUAAUAAAGACGCUUAGAGAAAGAGAGGAGUCAAUAAAGAAAUCCAAUCGUGUCUCAAAUCCAAAUUCAUUUGAUGAUGAGAACCAGAGCUCUUCAGGACUGAUUUUAAAUAAUGGCUGCGAAAAUGGAAAUGAUAGCAGCCAAGAGAAGUCAGCUUUUGCUGAAAAACCUUUGAUGGAAAGCCCUAAUAAUCUUACUGAAGAUGACUCUGAAAGUGAAAUUGGAUCCAAAAAUUUGUCAACUUCAACUGAAAUAGUGGUUCAGGCUGUCGGCAAUAAGCUACUGGUUGAUUGUUGUCCCUGUAAUGUUGUUUCUCAAGUCUGCUCCUUGAGAAAUGGACUUCAAGAGAGUAGCUUCACUUGCCUGACAAAUACAUUGAAGUGUUCCAAUAAGGUAGUUGAGGUGACAGUACUAGGACCUUUAGGAAAAAACCGUGGAACUGCGAUUGUUGGGCGCUUAAAUUCUAGAACAGAGUUGGUUGAAGCUUGGCGUUAAUGCUGCAUAACUAUGGACCCUGUGAGAGUUGCACAAUUUCAGAUAUCAUAAUUGAGAAUAUUCAAGUCUAGAGAGCACCAGGGAAACUCCAUUCUUGAAGGGAAUGAUGGGUAGCAACUUCGAAAGUGGUUUCUGGGUCUCUACUUUUAAUUGUACUCAGUACCAGUUUCAUGUGGUUUUUUGGUUCUCUUUCUGGGCGAAUUUCUUAACCAUGUAUCUUCAUCGCAUUUCAUUUCAUUAACCCAAAACUGUGGUUUGGUCUGAGCCGCUAAUAUUUCGAGUUCAAAUUGUUAGUCCUUCCAGCUCCAAGACAUUUUUAGUACCCGAGGGAAGCGGCUUCAUGUUUUUUUUUCUGGGUGAUAGCGGCUUCAU